AAUGUAGGAGUUAACAGAACUUAAGAACUUAGUUAUACAAUCUUUAGAAGCAAAUGGAUCAUUAGCAAAGAUUAGAGCAUAAAUUAGAGCAUCUGUCUUUAAUGUAGUUGAUUAGUAAGAAACCAAUAAUAAAAAACCUUCUCCAUUUUUCUGGGAAAAUAAUAAGGCUUAAACUAUAUAUGAAUUGGCUAGUGGUCGUGAUAUGUUAGAAUUGAUUAAAGAGUUUUUCCUCUUUUUUGAUAUGCAUUACACAAAUUCAAUAUUUUCAAGGUAAUUAAUUUGGAUUAUAUUUUUAAGUGAAAGCAAUUUAAGAGAAGAAAUAAAUCGUGAUCAAAUAGCCAAAAAAUUAAAUAUAGAAGCUUAAGAUACAACAAAACCUUUGUUAUAUUUCUUAUUAAAAAAUCGCCAUUCAGAAAAAUAAUCGUAAAAUAUUUAGAAAAAUUAAUUUAGUGAAGAAAAAGUUCAUUAAAAAAUUGCUUAGGCAUCUCCUAAGGAAGUUUAAUAAUAAUUAUAAUAAUAAUAAUAAAAAUAAUAAUAAGAAUAAAAAUUGUAAGAAUAAAAAAAAUAAGAUGAAUUGAGAAAAUAAGAAGAACUUAAAAGGUAAGAAGAAUAAAGAAAAUAAUAAUAAUAAUAAGAAGAAUAAAGAAAACAAGAUGAAUUAAAAAAAUAAUAAGAAGAAUAGAAGAGAUUAGAAGAAUAAAAAAAAGAAUAAUAACGAAAAUAAUAAGAAGAAUAAAGGAAAUAAUAAGAAGAAUUAAAAAAAUAAUAAGAAUAACAAAAGCAAGAAUAAUAAAAAUUAGAGUAAUAAAAAAAGGAAUAAGAAAAAUUAAAAGAAUAGUAAAAGUAAUAAGAAUUAUUAAAAUAAUAAUAAGAAAGAGAAAGAUAAGAGGCUCUUUAAAAAAAAAAUUAGCCAAAAAAAAUAGAUAAUAGAAACUUUGAAGAUGAAAAAUAUGAUAAUGAAGAUUUUGAGGAAGAAAUAGAAGGAGAAGUAUAAUUAUAAUAAAAUUAGGAUUUGAGAGAUUCAUAGUUAUAAUAAGAUUAGUUUUAAGAGUCUGAUGAAUAUAUGCAGUAAUCUUAAUCAUAAGGAAUUGAUAUGACAGUUGAUUCAGCAGCUUUAGAAGAAUUUGAUUAUUUUGAAGAGAUAGAAAAAAUGGAUUGA